GAUAAGUCAUGAUAGCCGCCUGACGUUUAUAGUUUCACGAUUUCGUUCCGCAACUUAUCAUCUUGUAAUCACCCGAAAAUAUUUUCUCCCAAGCUCAAUUAAAAUGGAUAUGCAGCUAGGUAAUCUGUCAUCCGGUCAAAAAGAUGAACUCAUGGAUCAAGUCAAACAACAAAUAGCUGUAGCCAAUGUGCAGGAAUUAUUGACGAAAAUGACAUCGAAAUGCUUCAAGAAAUGUGUUCAGAAACCCGGCUCGGUGUUAGAUAAUUCAGAGCAGAAAUGCAUUGCAAUGUGCAUGGAUAGAUUCAUGGACUCCUGGAAUUUGGUGUCUCGAACGUACGGUCAACGGCUGCAGAGGGAACGUAACGCAUCGUAGUGGGGUGCAGUGCACUGUUUGUUGUUCCCUUGAGAUAAUAAUUGUAGAGCUAAUUUGUUAAAUAAAAGUGAAUUCUCGUUCAAGAGCAAGUUCUUGAGACAGGAUGA